AUGAAGUUAAGCAAAAUCAAGAAAGGGAUAAAGUUGAAAAGCAAUUAGAUGUUCAGAAGAAUUCUUAGUUUGACAGGCAAACACUCAGGACCAUUGAUAUUUUACCACGAGUAAUUUCAUGAACUUUUACAAUAAGAACUAGAUGCAGUAAAGAAACAUUAAUUAAGUUUCCCUAUAAGACAACAUGAUUUUUAAAAGAUGGGAGUUUACCUAAAGUACUAACUCAAUAAUUAUGGAGAUUCUUAAUAAGUUAAUACAGAUUACUAUCAACUCAGAACAAGAUAAUUCGAGAAUUAGAUUAUAAAAUACUUCGGUGAAUUAUACAAUAUCCCAUUAGAAUGCGAUUUAUGGGGUUAUAUGUGUUCAGGGUCAACUGAGAGUAAUUUUCAAGCUGUCUAUUUUGCUAGAGAAUACUUCAGAAAUCAUAAAAAUGUGGCAGUUAUUCAUACAGAUAAAACUCACGCAUCUAUAAAUAAGGCCAUGUACUAUCUUUAAUUAAACACAUUUGGCCAUGUUGCUAGAUCAUUAAAUCUUGAGCCUCCAGUAGGAAUGAAAGAAUGGAAUGACAAGGUUCCUCAUAAUUCAGCGGGAUAAAUGGAAUUCGAUUCACUAAAAGCAAUCUUACAACCACUUGCAGAAUAAAAAAUUCCAGUUUUAAUAAUCUCUAAUGUGGGCACAACCACAUCUUGCUCAUUUGACAGUACUACUGCAAUUAUCAAUGCAUUAAAAUCUUAAGAGUUUUACAAUGACUCAAAAAAUCAUUGGAUCCAUGUUGAUGGUGCAUGGUGCGGUCCAUAUAUAAGAUAUCUUGAAAUAGCUUCAACAACCUCAAGGUAUAACGUUUUACCUAUAAAGACAAUUAAUGAGGCCAAAUUCGAUUUCUCAUUAAAAGAAGUGAAAAGUAUCACAACUAGUAUUCAUAAAUGGAUUCCCAAUCCUUUUCCUUCAUCAGUGCUAUUAAUUAAGGACACCUAACUAAUGCCUAAGGAUUAUAAAUAGAAUACCACAAGUAAAGGGCAUGUUCCCCUUUUUACUUGGGAUUUUUUAAUGAAUAGGACAUUGAAUGAUCAUUUAGAUGAUGCAGUGCAUGCAUAUAAUAUGGCUAAUUAUGUUUACUAAGAACUUAUAGACCUCCAAGAUGACUUAAAUGUAAAUCUAAACAUCUAAAAGACAUCAUUAGGAUUAAAUAUCAGAUUUAAGAAACCUAGUGAUGAAAUUUGUUACAAAUACGGAUUAAUGGUGAUAGGAGAUGAUGCUUUUAUAUUUAUUAUGCCGGAUAAGACGAAACAGCUAUGUGAUUUGUUUUUGGAUGACUUUCGGAAUGAGAUGAGACAAAGAAAGUGA